UAACGUAGGGGACGCAUUUUGCCAUCUCUAAGCAAAUACAACGAUAUUCAUAAUAUCACUCUUUAAACGCGAAAACGCGAGUAAAACUAGCAAGCUUCAAUUGAUUGGGCCACAGAAUCAAUUGGGCAGUACAUCCAACUCGCGUUUUCCGCACUGACCUGGCAUUUUCCUUCACGGAAGGCGGCCAAACAGGCGAAUGGAAGGGCUGGGUAGAACGGUAACCUAAACCCAGGCAAGAAAAAAAACAAAAAACAUGGAAGUGUGUUAACGACGUGCUUAAAAGGGCAGUUUUGCUCAAUCUACCAACCCCCGGUUCCCGCGAUCCAGUUUCUGUGCGGAAUGCCCCUGAACGAUGUGGCCUCCUCCGGCGGUGGAGUGUAUCCGGAAAAUGGAACGAAGCACAAGGCACAGGGCAUGGCGAAGCCGGACGCCUCAGCCGGCCCAAGUGCCGGCCCGGGAUCGGGACCCACGCUGUUCUCCCUGCAGGGCCAAAAGUGGCAGCAGGUCUUCGACCUGGACAAGGUCAUCAAGCAGCUGCGCACGGCUGAGAAAACGUAUCUGCGCGGCGGCAAGAACUCCUCCGCCGGCGGGGAUCAGCAGGCCAAAGUGCAGGUGCAGCGCCUGCAGUCGGCGGACAUGGCCUACUAUGACCUGGUGCCCAAGCUGGCCAGCCGCGACAUAGUACUCUGUAGUUCCUGCUCGGGAUGUUACACGAAGGCAGGCUUCCAGCAUCACAUUGCGCUGCAGCAUCCGAGCGUCUGGGAGGCCACAUCCAGCAAGGUCAACCCCAGUGCCAACGGGGCGGCCUCAUCCAGCGACUCGCGUCUCACUGCCACGGAGAACAGCCAGGAGGGCGGCGCCAUUGUGCCCAGCUCGCCCACGGACACGCUCUCGGCCUCGACGCUCUCCAGCUGCUCGAACGGCUCCAGCAGCUCGGCCUCGCUGCAGCAUCCGGCCGGGGCGGGAUCGUCCUCCACCACCACCACCUCGUCCUCGUCGUCGUCGCGCCACAAGAGCAGCAGCAGCAAAAGCAGCAGCUCGUCCUCAUCCAAGGGCAGCAGCAGCACUUCCGCCGGCAGUCGUUCGCGUUCCAAGUCGUCGAAGAACCGCCACCACUCCUCGCCAGCUCCGGCGCCUGCGUUGGAGACCAAUCACAAGGAAUCCAAGGGCUCAAAGAAGAGCACGGCCAUAGCGGCACCGCCUGUCGUCGCCCCGGUGCUCAAAGAGGAACCUCCAGCUGUAGCAGCCGCUCCGGCUGCCAUCACCGUGUUCUCCUCCUCCAGCAACUCAUCCUGCAGUCUACCGCCCACUCCCACGCUGGGCGCAGCCUCCAGCGAGGUGGCACUGGGGAUCAACUACUCACCUGCCCAGCUUCAGACGGAGGUGGAAAAGCUUCCCGAGCUUCAGCCAAAGAAAAAGGUGAAGGGCUCAAGCGAUCAUCGAACAAAAGCGGAAAAAGAGAAGAACAAAGAGAAGCCUGUGGUGACUGUCUACGAGCAGCAGCAAGUGAUUAGCGAGCUGGAUCAGGCUGUCUCCUCCAUUACGGGAGCUGUCGCCUCCGAGGUGGCACCCGAAGAGGAGGAACUGCCCUUGCCCAACACCUCCGAUGAGAACUCCAUUUCCCAGACGCUCGACGAGAUGCUGGACAGCAAGUUGAUCAAUGAGAUACUCAACAACUUCGAUGAGAGCGCCCUGGACACAUCGCAGCAGCAGCCACAGCCGCAGUCGCAGAAUGGAACUCUUUCGCAUCCCGCACAGGCGACGAAAAGAUUGCGCUUCGAGGACGGAACCAUUGGCGAGGAUUACACCGUCUACCAGCAGCAGUCGGUGCAGCAGGUCUACGGCGAGGAAGAGCACCAGCAGGAGCUGACCACCAUCGAUGCCAUGCAGCUGCAGCAGCUGAUCUACCAGCAGCAGCAGAUGCUCGAGCAGCAGCAACUGCAGGAGCAGCAGCAGCAACAGCAGCAGGAUCAGAAGCUGCAGGAGCACGAGCAGCAGCGUCAGUUCAGCGUCUACAAUGUGCCAUCUCUGACGGAUGAGGCCAUGGGCAAUCCCCAGCAGCCGCAGCAGCUGGAGGAGCACAUGAUCUUGCCCAGCAUCAUUUACGAGAUCAGCGAGUCGAAUCCCGUCUCCAUGCUGGAGCAGCAGAAGGUCUUGGCCGAAUUCCUAACCAACGCGGGCUAUGAAAACGUGGACGUGAAUGUCGUGCAAUCGGGCGGCGGCAUGCAAUCCGGUUUGAGUUCUGGAAUGGUGGAGACCAACCACCUGGCGGACGAGCUGGGUGACUUUGAGUUCAGUAAACUGGAGACUGUUAGCGACACCGUAAAGACUGUUAAGCUGGAGGCCAAGGCCGCCAGCCAGCCACCCACAACAAAUCCUCAGAUCACGCAUCAUCCAUCGCUGGCCAAUGCCAAAUACCACGAGGACAGCUACUUCAAUGUGAUGCUGUACUCGGGAGCGCCGCGUCCCCUGGCCAUGAACACCUUCGGCAUGGUCAAGAUGCCGCAGGGGUUGGGUGUGACUUUCCGCAAAAACCUGCUGACCACGCGGAAGGCCAACAACAGUUUGUUGUCCCUGACGGGCGGCAGUCAUCUGGGCGUGGUGGGCCAGCUGGCACGCCCACCGCCGCCGCCCUCGCCGGCGUUGAGUAAUGGCUUGCCCGGCAAGAAUCCGGCAGCGGGCAGAACCGUAUACGCCCAGAGGUCGAAUGUCAUAGCACAGGAUCGGUUGAGAUGCAACAAGAGGGCGCUGAUCGGUGGCAAGGUGGGAGCGGCAGGAUCGGGAGUCAUGACGGCCAAGCGCUUGAACGAACUGCUGAUGGGAAAGGUCAAGAAGGAGGAGAAGCCCCAGCCGGAGGGCGAGGAGGGAGGCGAGCAGGCGACGAAGGACAAGGAACGCGAGAGGGAGGAGGACAACAAGCUGACCUUCAGCUUCUACGAGAAGCGCCGCCGCCUGUUGGCGGGCAAGCAGGAGCAACUCCAGGCGCUCGGCCGCCCCAGCUUCACCCUGCCGCUCCAGAGUAACCACAACGCCAGCCAAAGUCAAAGCCACUCGCCGCAGCAGCUGCUCAAGAAGCAGCUGCUGCGCACCCUGUCCGACAGCAGCAGCAACCUCAACAUCAGCAACAUGAACAACAUCAGCAAUAUGAACAGCAGCAACACUCCCAGCGCCAAUAGCAAUCCUCCCUGGAAGGGGAACAAUUCCAAUCCGGGCGGGAACUCCACUCCAACCAGCGGCGACUUGAUGCGCGUCUUCGUCUGAUCCGAUCGGAGGUUCAGAGCCGCGGACGCGCACCCCUAGUUAUAUAUGUUUAUACAAUACGAUACGAUUAUGUGCGGCCUCUUCUCUAAAUGCUAAAUUAUAUUUUAAUAAUUUUUUUAAAUCAAUUCUUCAUUUUUUAAAAGUGAUAAUUAGUUAUCGAUUAGUUGAUUGUAUGUAGUUCUCUGUUUAGUCUACGCCCUAAGUUAAUUUAAUAACUAUAAACGAUUAUUUCUCGUGGCUAAGCAUUACGCUAAGUACUCGUAAAUCAUUAUUUAUAAACGCUGUAAACUUUUAAAAAUACAAGAGCAUGCCUAAGUUCAA